CCGGCCUAAUCACUCUUGCAAGUCUUCAGCCAACGUCUUACUAAGGAAAAGAGCAGUUAUCAAAUCUUUCAUCUCUUCUGGAGCUCAUUAGGACGUGAAUACUGAAUCUCCUCCAAAGUGCACACGAGGGAGCUCUCAACUGUGAGUUCCAACUGUACUGCAUCUUGUGUACCCAGCUCCACGGAAGUCCUGAAUGAAAUUUCCAAAAAGCAAAACAAUUUUAUAGGUCUUAGUUUCCUGGCUCUUGGAAAGUACGGCAGGAGAGAGACUGGCAGGAGACAGACUGACACUCGUUAGCUUGCAAGCUAAAUUAUCCUUGCUCUUGCGGGAACGAUCCUUCUAAUAAAGAUCUCAACGGAGUUUCUCAGCUCCAGGUUCCCCUCGAGCUUUCUCCUCCCCUUCCUUGUCCAGCGUGGGCGCGCACGCACACAUACAGACACACAUUCCCCCCUGCUGCCUGCCUUCUCGGUCCUCCCUCCCCCUGGGCGGGGACCUGUCUGCUGUCAGCUUAGGUUGAGGCUCCCUGCGUGUGUCUAUAACUUUGUGUUGCUGCUGCUGCUGGUUGUUAGGAGAAGGAAUGUGGAAGUCAGCAGUGUGGAGGGUGACAGGCUGCCCGUGCAAGCUGCAGGAGAAACAGCAGCAAAAGCCUAAACCCUUCUCCCGCGCAGAUUCUUCGCUUUCUCUUUUCUGUAUUUUUGGGAGACGUGCAGAAUUGUGCUUUCUCCUUCACCGUUUUUAAAGGGAAGGUGCCGCGGUAGACACAGGAACUAUGCAACGGGGUUGCUGCUUUUCUCUCCUGUGACUCCGGAUCUGUUUUUGAACAAGCUCAGGUUCUUCCCUUUCCCCUCCCCUUGACUUUGUCUUUCUCUCCCCCUCCGCUGUCUCCCCCAAUCCUCCCCGCCUUCCCUCUCCGCUUUCUCUCUUUCUAGUGUUUUUAAAGGACUUGAGUGAAGGGGGGGGGGGAACUGUCAAGAUGGCAGCAGCAGGAGCAAGGAGGUUAUGAAUGUGUUAGUCCUGUAUCUUCUCGCAGCCUUAGGGGAGACUUGAAGCUUCCAGACCUGUUGGAAGAUUUCUGCUUUGAUUUGCCUUUUUUUUUUUUUUCUUGAGAGGCAAACGACGUCAGCGAGAACAUUGCAAAACACCAAACACCAAAGUGGCUUUUCCUUGCCCAGUUCAGCUUCUUGCGAACAGCCUUCGUUCUAUUCUUUUGGUUUUUGAAAGUAGCUCGAACUGGACUGGCAUGAAUUUAGGUGCAAAUUAACCCUCCCCGGCCUUUGGGUCGAAACGGGGAGAGAAAGGGAACUGGGGGAAAAAGUCAUUGUGGUAAUGCAAGAGCCCAAACCUCGUCUGCCGAAGCAAGAAAGAAGCCUGAACUGCUCUCUGAUGGAUACAGUGUAAUUUCCGUGGUGUGGUGCCUCCUUGUCGGUGGGAGGGUGUGGGUCCGAGAAAGAUCGGAAGACGCCACAGACUUUCUUUCCAUUGCCACUGAAGGAAGCACUUCUGCAUCUGCAUGGAGUGAAAUAUAAACAAACACACACUCCCAGUAGCAGAGCAGGCACGGAGCUGCACCACUCAACUGCGUUUGGCUGCUCCUAGCUUUAAAGGGACAACCCUCCCUCCCCAGUACCCUCCUCCUCCACCUCCUCACUUCCCCCUCACCCCUCCCUCUUACCCCCACCCCUCCCCCUCCCUCCUCCGCCCUACCUUCCUCCCUUCUUCCACGCCCCAGCCACCUUGUCCAGGAGAGACCUGCCUAUCUGACCGCAGCUGGGGGAGGGGGUUGCCCCAUCAGUGCCUAAUCCUCCGAUUGUCCCCACCCCCCCCCCCCGCACCCUCAGGCGGCGGCUGCUUUGGACUGGGAGUCGCUCGCUCUACCAGGUUCACGGGAAGGGACGUUUCCAGGUCUGCCUGUUCCCCUGGCUUGGCGAGGUACUGAUCUGGGAAGAGGAGGCGGCGGCAGUAAAGGUCCGCCGAGGACUUCAUUCCAGCUCAGGAUAACCAACUCUCCCCCCCAUUUCCCUCCCUUUCUCCCCCACCCCCCAGGCAACGAUCCUGAUCCCUUAGCCUGUUCUCCCCCCCUCCCCUCCUUCCCUCCCCCACUUUACCCCGCCCCAGCGAGAGAGCGAGGAGGAGAGCCACCGCUCGAGCUAGAGAGCGAGCGAGGGAGAGAGCGAAGGAGCGAGCAGCAGCAGGCAAAAGGCAGCCCAAGGGCCCGGGCGGCGAAGAUGGCAGAGGCGCCGUCCUCCCCGGCCCCGCUCUCGCCGCUGGAAGUGGAGCUGGACCCGGAGUUCGAGCCCCAAAGCCGGCCCCGCUCCUGUACGUGGCCCCUGCAGAGGCCCGAGCUGCAGGCGAGCCCGGCCAAGCCCUCGGGGGAAGCGGCCGCCGACUCCAUGAUCCCCGAGGAGGAGGACGACGAGGAAGACGACGACGGAGGCUGCGGAGCCCCUGGGGGCGGCGGCGGAGCCGGCACGGCCAUGGCCAUGGGCGGCGCGAGCGGCGUCCUCGGCCCGGGACUGCGCCCCGAGGAGGCGGCCCGGCUCCUGGCCCCUGGAGGGCAGGAUUCGGGGUCCGGCGCGCCCCCCGGGGCAGGCGUGCUGAGCGGGGGGCAGCAGGCGCCUCUGCAGCCUCCGCAGGCGCCGCUGCCGCUGCCCCCGCCGCCGCCGCCGCAGCUGCAGCCGCAGCAGCCGCAGCAACAGGGGGCGAGCGGGGCCUCGGGGCAGCCGAGGAAAUGCUCCUCCCGGAGGAACGCGUGGGGAAACCUGUCCUAUGCCGACCUGAUCACCCGGGCCAUCGAGAGCUCCCCGGACAAGCGGCUCACCCUGUCCCAAAUCUACGACUGGAUGGUGCGCUGCGUGCCCUACUUCAAGGAUAAGGGCGACAGCAACAGCUCCGCGGGCUGGAAGAACUCCAUCCGUCACAACUUGUCCCUACACAGUCGAUUCAAAAGGGUCCAAAAUGAAGGGACCGGGAAAAGUUCUUGGUGGAUGAUCAAUCCAGAUGGAGGCAAAAGUGGAAAGGCCCCCCGGCGAAGAGCUGUCUCCAUGGACAAUAGCAACAAGUUCACCAAGAGUAGGGGGCGAGCGGCCAAGAAAAAGGCUUCUCUGCAGGCUUCCCAAGAAGCUACUGAAGACAGCCCCUCCCAGCUCUCCAAGUGGCCCGGCAGCCCCACCUCUCGAAGCAGCGAUGAGCUGGAUGCGUGGACGGACUUCCGCUCCAGAACCAACUCCAACGCCAGCACGAUAAGUGGACGCUUGUCGCCUAUUCUGGCGACCACUGAGCUGGAUGAUGUCCAGGAUGAUGACCCGCCGCUUUCCCCAAUGCUGUAUAGCAAUUCAUCAAGCAUGUCCCCGUCAGUCAGCAAACCGUGUACUGUGGAACUUCCACGGCUGACUGACAUGGCGGGCACGAUGAAUUUAAAUGACGGACUGACGGACAACCUCAUGGAUGACCUCUUGGACAAUAUAACGCUCCCGCCCUCCCAACAGUCCCCCUCAUCAGGACUCAUGCAGAGGAGUUCUAGCUUCCCAUAUACCACCAAGGGAUCCGGUCUGGGCUCUCCAACUGGCAGCUUCAGCAACCCCGUGUUUGGCCCUUCUUCUCUGAACUCUCUACGCCAGUCCCCCAUGCAGACCAUCCAAGAGAAUAAGCCGGCCACCUUCUCUUCCAUGUCGCACUACAGCAACCAGUCGCUCCAGGACCUGCUUACGUCCGACUCACUGAGCCAUAGCGAUGUCAUGAUGACUCAGUCGGAUCCAUUGAUGUCCCAGGCCAGCACGGCGGUGUCUGCCCAGAAUUCACGGAGGAGUGUCAUGCUCCGCAAUGACCCAAUGAUGUCCUUUGCUGCUCAGUCCAGCCAGGGAAGUUUGGUCAAUCAGAACCUACUCCACCAGCAGCACCAAACCCAGAGUCCUCUUGGUGGCCAUCGUGCCUUGUCUAAUGCCGUCAACAGCUUGGGCUUGAGUGACACCAACAGCCUAGGGUCAGCCAAACACCAGCAACAGUCACCCGUCAGCCAGUCUAUGCAAACCCUUUCUGACUCACUCUCAGGGUCCUCUUUGUAUUCCACUAGCAUGAACCUUCCAGUCAUGGGCCAUGAAAAAUUCCCAAGUGAUUUGGACCUGGAUAUUUUUAACGGGAGCUUGGAAUGUGACAUGGAAUCCAUCAUUCGCAGCGAACUCAUGGAUGCCGAUGGGUUGGAUUUUAACUUUGAUUCUCUCAUCUCUGCUCAAAAUGUUGUCAGUCUGAAUGUGGGGAACUUCACUGGUGCUAAGCAGGCCUCAUCUCAGAGUUGGGUGCCAGGCUGAAGGACCUUUGAGGAAAGGGGGAAUGGGCAAAGCAGACCCUCAAACUGACACAAGAUCUAAAGAAGAGGAAAUAAAAACCCUUUGCCAAAUCUGCUCUCAGCAAGUGGACAGUGACACCGUUUACAGCUUAAUGACCUUUGUGAAUCAAUCCUGCAUCAUUUUCCUAAUCAAGCGGAGACUGUUAAUGGCCCCUCAUUCCCCACCCCCCACAACCCAAGCAAAGCUCCUAUUGAACUCCAGAACGUAUGCAAAAUCUUCCCUGUACAGGAUGAUGGAGCACCUUUCGUGGACACAGCACCCAACACCUCUGCGCCAUCUUGUCAAGACACACUGUGUACCCUCUAACAGUAGUUCCCUGCCAAUGAUCAUGUGGUGUUACAAUAUAGCAAUGGUUUAUGGGCUAUUUUAAGUUUGGGUUUUGUAUUUGUUUUCUUGCUUUUCUCACUCCUGUGCCCAGGCAGUGGUUUUUUCCUUUCCUUUUCUUUUCUUUUUUCUGUUAACUAGAUUCACCUACCCUUUCUCUCCCUGGCAAGUUGAAAACUUUGGAAGGAAGCAACACUUGCCACUUAAGUUCCUAUUUCAGGAAUCCCAGACAGCGGAUCCUUCUGACUCUAUAAACUGACAAGCUGAAUAAUCUAAGGAGCAUAUUCUUUCAUGUUUUGUCUGAUAGAAAACUAUUCUCUUCUUAGAAAUCUAACAAUGGCACAAUCAUUUUCCAAAAACAGGACAUAGCACAGGAGAAAUGAAGAACAAUGCAUCCUAUACAGAGUUUUGUUUUGCUUUUUAAAAUUCUGAAUGAGAAGAUUCUUUUGGAAGGUCCACCAAAGAGACCCAGAAGCUGAUUUGCUAUUGUCUAAAUCAGGAUGGCCUGUGGUUUUUGUGGACUGAUCUCCCAUUCAAUGUAGUGGACCAUCUAUUUAUUGGUUGGAAACUGAACUGUUUUCAGGAGAAAAAUAAGCUAAGAUGCCCAUUCAUUGCCAAAUGCCACUUAGGAAUUUCCUUUUUGGGGGAGUUCUGGGGGGAGAAAUAAUUCUGUUUUGCAUUUAAAGUGAGGUAAACUUUUCACAAGCAUAUAUCAGACCUAAAGUGGAUAUUCUUAUGUGAAUACUGCAACCCAAGACUGGUGGGGGGAAUUUAGAUCUUUCAUAUUCAUAUUUCUGUGAAUACCUUUCCUUGAUUACUUUCCACCUCAAUAUAUAAUCAGAUCUCCCAGAACUAUACAAGGGAGAGAGACUGUACCCCACAAGCUGAUUUUUUUAUAAGCUUGGAUUAUAUUUGAACAAAUGAAACUGUGGAAAUGAAAGGCCAUUUUAAACCUUUUGUUUUAUUUUUCAGACUUUUCCAGAUUUCCUUUGUUUUUUCCUUUAAAGUUAAUGGUGCUGUAUAGGUGCUUUCUGUUUAACCUGGAAAGUGUGAUUCUUUUUGUUAGUUUCUUUGGUAGGGAGGCAAGUUGGAUGCUCCAUUGGUACAGGGAGAACCUGGUAAGAAGACGCUCCAGUUAGUCCAGCAUUGGAUCACUUGUCCGACAUGCUCUAUGAAGACUUUUGUUUUUCCCACUUUGGAUAAAAUCAUUAUGCAUAUAAAUGUAUAAAUAUAUUUUAUUAUGUAGAAUACAGAAAUGAAUAACUAUGCAUGGGUGGUAAGAAUACAAACCUGUAUUCUGGCCCACAGUUUCAGUGCAGAAGUUCUCACUGAUAUUGGUCCCAUGCCGCAUAUAGUAACUUCCUUCCAUGACACACGAAACACACACGUGCACCUGCCACCAUCUGUUGAGCCCCUUUUGGUUCCUUUACAUUAUCUUGGGGGCCGAUAUUGGUAGAAAUUAUACCUGGUAUGUUGGGCACUCCAUCUGGUCUCUUAAUGCCCCCACCCUAACCCUGCCAUGCUCCUAUUGUCCUUUUUGAAUGACGACCCUGUUUGAUUCAUCGAGUUUCACUGAACUUGUAAAUGCUUGUGCAGUUGUGGUUAUGGUAGACCAACCUGGACAUACCAGUUUUUUGAACAACUUAAGAUCUUAUCCUUUUCAUUGUGAAAGGUAGUAGUAAGUGUAUUCAGAUUGGUCGGUCUGUCAGUGGCAGGGACUCGCUUUCUGUGUUACUUACGAAGCUCUCUUUAUGAGAGCUUGAAAGUUGUACAAAUACGGCAUCUGUCAAAUUUGCUUGCCAGUCAUCUCUGAAAAGCAAAAAAAGGACUGCAUGGUCAGGCUUCGGUGAAAGAGAAAUACUUACCUCCAUCUUCAUUCCUCUGUCUAGAAGCUAGCCAGGUGGGCCAGAAAAAGGCCUAAGUGGAGCCAGGUGGUGGUAGGGAGCUAUUAGGCUAUACGAGAGUCCAGGAUGCUGCAACUAGAGAACCUAGAGAUUGCAGUUCAGCUCCUGAGUUAUUAAGGAAAUUGUUUUUUUUUUCUCUGUUGCUCUAGAGCCUGAGUUGUUUGGGGGUGGGAGGGGGCAGGAAGUGGGUCAGAAAAACACCUAAAUGUGUUUCAGCUGAAAAACAAAAAUUGCUUUGAGCUCCCUUCAGUUAUAUGGUAUCUCUUUUAUUCUCUAUUUUUCCCACAUUGGAUGGGUUUUAAUCAGAAACUAUCUUGAGAAAUGUCUUGAACCCAGAUUAGAAUUUAAUCUAAGACAUCUGAGCACAAGAAAGCAUGGGAUCAAGAACCACAGAACUGAACACAGGAAGUCUUUUAUCCCCCCUUAUUGAAUGACUCAGUGAAACAACAACUUAAGCAUAGGGUGGUCUAAGGGACUGAAGCCCUGAGACAUGCAGGAGGGCUUCAAGAGGGGAAGAAGCCAAGAGGGGUAGGGAAGGUCUGAUCCUAUCUGGUUCUGGACUUAGAGUUUUUACAGUUUCCCCCUUUAGCCUCCCACUGGUCUGAAGUCUCCCUGUUCUAUACUAUGUCCCCUGCAAAGAGGACCCUGGGAGCUGAGCCUGAGCUAGAAGACCAAAGAAAGAAGCAGCAAGAUACCCACUAGAGUUGCAGCCAGACCAAGCUGAGCUCCCGACAGAUUAGACUGAAAGGAAAGCAGUCUGCUGUCUGCUUAGCCCAUGCAUAUCAUCUGAAGUACCAUUACUGACUUGUGUCAAUAGAACCAAGUUUGAAAGCAGCAUAGUGAACCCUAGUCCCUCUGCCUGUUUUCUGGUAUAGGAUGCGAAAUAGAAAAUGCACUUCCUAUAGGUGGUCUGAUUAGUAGCAUUAGCCAACCAAAUUCCAGCCCUUCCUAACCCUCCCUCCCCUGCCCCCACCUCUAAGGGGAAUACGGGGAGGGCUGCUGUUAUUGUUUUGAUAAGGAAACCAUAAGAGUAACUAAUGUUUCUAAUCAGACAUGCACUCUGGGGAACUAUUCCUCCCCAAGACCCCAGGCCCAAACACCUUUUACCAAAGUUAGGAAGCAGCUUUAUCACAAGCUUUCCUGUAUGUACUCAAGUGCAGAAGAUGAGCUGCCCUUUUCAGGUUCCGGUACAUCCGUAGCUGUGAAUGAAUCUGAAGUUGUUUUUCUUUCUUUUUUUCCCCCCUUCAUCUACCAUAAUGUUAUUCUUGCUGAAAAGCAGUCGUUUGGUGGAUGUUUGUUGUUACUAUUUUUUUUUUACUUUAAAAAAAAAUCUCCCCUCCUAUUAAUCAGAGGAGGAUGUUUGAUACAGUACAAAGCGGGCUUUGUGGUAUUGUGUGUGUGUGUGUGUAUUUUUAAUAAAAACGUCUACUGCCUCCCCUCCCUGAGAAUGAAGCUCAUGGUGGCUCUCACUACUACCAGCAGAUAUUUACAUUCAUAGGGGUAAGAAUUCAAAUUAGUUAACAAUUUGUGUUCAUUGGAAUAAGGAUGAGGACAGGCUUAUCUUCUGCCUGAUGGAUCUUUUUUUUUUAUGGUCAUCAGUUGGGUUUCUUGAAGAUGCAACCAAGACCAAAGUAGUACCACAGCCACUUAAUUAUUCCCCACUGGAAUGUAAGGGACUCCAAGGGGAUGGAUGGGCAAGGAAAUGGAAAAAGCAGUAGAGAAAUUCAGGCCUUCAGGCUUUCCACAACCAAAAUCAAAAUCUCUGCCUUUCCUUAAAAAGAAAAAAAAAGGUCUCUUCUAAUAUUUUCACACUGAUUAAGGAAAACUAAUCUUUCCAAUACUAAAAUUCACUGAUUCUAUUUUCUCUUGGAAUAUUUUGAGGAUAUAUGAUUAAGAAUGAUUUUUUUUUAAUUAAGAAAACCAGUAGGUUUAUGGGGAGAUAAUCAUUGGCAAAGAGGUACGAAGUUCAGCAUCUCUGGGGAAAGGGGAAAAAAGGAAAAAGCCUAGUUUUCCUGAAAUCAUGUCCAUGAAAUAAGAUCUUAUAGCAGAUACACAAGUUAUUAAAGAGUUUUAGUGUUAAUAUUUAAUACAUAAGCGCUACACAUCUAAAGUGGUAACAUUUAUGCAAUUUGAACGAUUGUGUAUUUUUCUUAUUUAAUUUUAUUUGUGAUUUUCUUUUUCUUUUGUGAACGAUUGGUUAUGAGGCUUCUGCCUAACUCCAGAAAUAUUUGUACCAUUGCUUUAAAAAGCUAUAUGUUAGGACAUUUAUUUCUCUAAAAUGAUGUCAUUGCUUGGCAAUCAGUCUCCUCUCAUAUAAUUGUCUUAGUACAUCAUGUGCAUUGGAAAUGUAAACAGAUGUGGAGGACCAGAUAAAUUAGUUAAUAUUUGAAAAAAAAAUGUAUUGUGCAUUUUGGCUUCACAUGUUAAACUUUUUUUUUCAGAAAAAAAAAAGUUGCAUGAAUGGAAAAAAAGUAUCUGUAUACAGUAUCUGUAAAAUUGUCUUCUCUGUUUUAGUUUCUUGCUAACAACCUGUACAAACUAGAAUAAUGUUAAACCCCUGUCUUUGGUGCAUGGCCACAGUCAAAACACCUAAGAGCUAAGAGGCUCCUGCUUCUCUUUGGUGGUGCCUCCUCCUUUUUUUUUUUUUUUUUUUUAAAGAGUGAACACUAUCCAUUUGCAUUCUCACUGAGGAUCUUGUCAAACCCUGUGUUGCCAUGGAUUGACUAACCAACUGUAUACCCUCUCUCUUCAGGAGGAUCAAACCAUUUUUGAUUUGAGAAUCUUUCCAAACGAAAUAGAGAUGCUGUGCUUAUUUUCCUCAGUGUUUAUCUGUAGAUAUCACCUUGUGUAUUCCAUUUUCAAUUGUAAUCUAGUUUGUAAAAGAGAUGGUGACCGCAUGUAAAUAAAGCAUAAUGACUCUCUA